ACAUAAGACACCACCACAAAGACAACGAACAACACACACUGCGGGCGUUUUGUGUGAAACUGUUGAGUUUUAGUUAAAAAAAAGUUGAGUUAAAAACCGUUGCAUCCUGCUACACCUGCUCCAGCUAACCGAAGAGACGGACGUUAACGAUUCAAAAUUUGUGGAGAAAGUCGUUCCUAAAAAAAUUUUCGUGAUACAAUUUUUGGUCUUAAUCGUCUGGAUAUUUUCUCUUUUUUUCUUGAUUCCAAAAGUCGCGUCUUUUUGUACAAUUUUGUGGUGUAAUAUAAGUUUUAUUUGGCUAUGUUUUCGUCAUUACGUAGUCAGUGCGGUGAGUCAUAUUCUGAAUUAAUUUCUAAUCUAUUUUUAUAGAGUAAUUUUCCAUAUUAAAAAGUUGUUUGUAAAUCGGUUUGAACAAUUAUGGCGUAAUUUAGCACGUUGGCCGGUAGAGAGCAGGCUUGUACAGUGUGGUUGUCAGAAAAAAAGUUACUUCAAAAACGCUUUUCGUUUACACUGGAGGCCUGUAAAAGGCUCACAUGAGCCAUUAGACACCCGAGUACAGUAGGCGAUUGUAAAACAGACUAACCCUACUAUAAAUAUUUGUAUUACACCUGUAAACAUAGGGGCAUUUUCAGUUCGUAUUGUAAGAUAAAUUACUAAAAAUAAAUAUUUAGACAGUUGCCGUCAAUUUAAAACCAGUGGCAGACAGAUCAGUAAUUUGGAUAUGCUAACUGUUUUUUUAUUGUUUUUAGAUAAUCAUAGUCAUUCCUAAGUCUACUCCACAAGUUUUUGUUUAUUGAUAACCUGUUCAAUCACUUGAAAAAUAAUAAGAAUUCACUCAAAAAAAUGUACAACUCCGCCUAAAUUUUAUGUACAAAAGAAUAUUCACAAGACGAUGGGACCAAUGGGAAAUAUUUUAGAAAUGUUUUCUUUCUAGUCUUAGACUUCAAAUGUAUUCAAAUGAAUUGAAUGACAUUUUUUUUGUGCAGCUUGUGAAUUUGCUGGUGGCCUAUGGUUAACUGAACAGAACAAUGUCUUUUUUUCUUAAUGUAAAAUCUGUUUUUCAUAUGGUUUGCAGAGAAGUGUAACAUAUUAGAAACUUUUAGUUCCAGGUGCCAUGUGUUAUGAUUUAUAGUCCAACAUUAAACUAGAGUGAAGGUUUGUCAUGUUUGACCAACAGUUUACAGGGGUUUAUCGUUGCGUGUUCCCUGCUGAUGUGGCUGCAUUUGUUUACGGUGUACUGGAUGUACUGUAGGAUUUGUACUGAAUGUAGGACAGCUGAAUCCUAGUUACAUCAGAGGAGGGCGGGCAGAUGCGUAGAGAUCUGAGUUUGCUGCUGCUGGUGGUGGUGGAUGCUGGGAUGCUGAGUGCGCAUUAGUCUCGCACUGAGUAGAAGAAGAGAGGAGCAUCAGCAGAGGGGAGCUCACACAGAUAGACUGCCAACUAUGAAGACUGUCCUCAGUUUGCACAGGAAAUGGGCUCACGCUGUCAAAACCAUACGCAUCCUGCAGGGACUUGUGAGUGAGACUUAAACCCAUCGCUGCAGCUUUGUUCCAAUCUCUGGUCAGGGCAAGUGGAUGUGACAGGGUGUUCUUUGUGAACCUGUUAUUUAUUAUUUUUAAUAUCAUAGACGUCACAUUUGAUAGUGAACUUACAAUUCCCGUGACCGAAAAGUGCAAACAGCUGUAACGAAUUAUCAUGUUUCUUAUCACUCAAUUGCUUUGUGGAAAACUCACACAGUAGCUGACAAUUAAUCAACUCAAUAAUUCUUCAUUCCGACCUUAGAUGGAGGUGUAAAUUAUGAAUGGACAACUAUCAGCACUAUUUUAAUAUGAUUUAAAGACAAGACCUUAAUCUCUGAUUCCACUUGUUUUCAUAACUAUCUUGAGGAAGGCUCUUGAUUUCCUCCUGAAUUAUUUUGAAUUGCAUUAUUAGUUUUUCUUUCGAAGUCAAUUCAAUUUACCACAUUAAUAUUUAUUCUCUUUGUCAGAUCUAUUUUUGUCAGUUUUUGUUUUGUAGCAGUGUGUAAAGGCUUGUGGUUUCUCUUGUCAUUUGUGUCACAACAUUAGAGUGUAAUGAGUUGGCUUGGUUUGUUACAGGUUGUAUGUAUCUGUUGAGGAAAGUCCAACCUGACAUGUCACUCUUCUGUUUCUUCCCAGAACCCAGUCAUGGAGGAAAUUGUGUGGGAGCAGUACACUGUGACUCUGCACAGGGACUCAAAGAUGGGCUUUGGCAUUGCAGUGUCUGGAGGACGGGACAACCCCAAUGAGGAGACAGGAGAGACUUCCAUUGUGGUGUCAGAUGUCCUGCAGGGAGGACCCGCUGAUGGCCUGUUGUUUGAGAAAGACCGAGUUAUUCAGGUAAAUGCUGUAGCCAUGGAUGGGGCAGUCCACACCUUUGCUGUGCAGACUCUCAGAAAAUGUGGCAAAGUGGCAAAAGUGACGGUGAAAAGACCCAGAAAAAUCCCUGUCAACGUCAUGAUCCGUCCUCCAUCGCCCAGUGAACGUGUCUUUGCCAGUGACGACUACAACUACGACCAGGACCGCCGCAGUGUGUACAGUGCCGGGCGGGACCACAGCCUGGAGAGGCAGCGCGGUGGUGGCUACAUGGAUUCUGGAUAUCAUACUCAUGAGCGCGACUACGAUGUAGAAUACGACCGUGGCAGGAACAUGGAGCGGGAUCUGAGUCCGGACCGCCAGUACCGCAGGGAUGGCAGCAGAGGUCGCACUCUUGAUCGAGAGCCCAGCCCCGAUCGCCGCUACAGGAGUGAACACAUGCUGGACCGUGAGCACAGUCCGCACAGAAAGUACCGAGACCAAAGCCCUGACCGCCGCUACCGCAGCGAGAGGGCUCUGGACAGGGAUUACAGUCCAGACAGACGCUUCCGCAGCGAGAGGACACUGGACCGUACCAAUAGUCCGGACCGCCGCAACAGACGAGACAGCUACAGUCCUGUACGGGGGGGAGGCCGGGAUCAGAGUUUUGAACGAGGGAGAGAGCGGAUUCCAAGCGAUCCCAGGAAGUAUGAUGAGCCCAUCAGGAGAAGUGGGAGCAGGGACUGUCUGGACCGAUCCCCGUCACCACCUCCUAUGCCCAUUCCUCUUCCUCGACCCGCCAGAGAUCUGGAACCACUGGACAAACCAGUGAGUGUUCUGCUGCUGAAGAACAGACCCAAUGAAGAGUAUGGGCUGCGUCUGGGCAGUCAGCUCUUCAUCAAGGAGAUGAGCAGCUCAGGUCUGGCCAGCAGAGAUGGAAACCUGCACGAGGGCGACAUCAUUCUGAAGAUUAACGGCACAGUGACGGAGAACCUUUCUCUGAGUGAUGCAGGGAAGCUGAUAGAGAAGUCUCGUGGGAAGCUGAAGCUGGUGGUGCAGAGGGACAGACAGAAGAUCCUGGUUCGAGUCCCACCUCUGGUGGACAGUGACUCUGAGCUUGAUGAUAUCUCAGAGAUCGAGUCGUAUCGCUCCUACUCACCACAGGACGACAGGCGAGGGGGCGGCCACCACUCUGACCUUUCCUCACACUCCUCCAAUGAGAAGCUAAGAGAGAAACCCAGUGAGGAGCCACCCAACAGACUUACAAGGAUGGGUGCUAUGCCCACACCCUUCAGACUUCCUGACAGAGCUGCUGAGGACACCGUACUUGUACAGUCAGAGAGGGAGGAGCCUCCGCCACAGUCACCACCAGCGGCAGUUCCAGCUCCAAAGUUCCACGUUCCGUCUAAAGCCCCAGUGAAGACGAGUUUUGAGGACCAGGAAGUCUUUGGACCAAACACAAUCACAGUGCGUUUCCAAAAAGGAGAGAGCGUUGGUCUGAGGCUGGCAGGAGGAAACGACGUUGGCAUCUUCAUCGCUGGUGUUCAGGAAGACAGUCCUGCAGAGCAGGAAGGUCUGCGCAGUGGAGACCAGAUCAUGAAGGUGAACAACACGGACUUCAGAGGAAUGUUGAGGGAAGAUGCUGUCCUGUACCUGCUGGACAUUCCUAAAGGAGAGGACGUGACCAUUCUGGUCCAGAGUAAACCAGAAGUGUACGAGGACAUUCUGGCCUCGGGCAGAGGCGACUCCUUCUUCAUCAGGACCCACUUUGAGUACGAGAAGGAGAGUCCACAGAGUCUCCCCUUCGCCAGAGGAGAAAUCUUCAAGGUGACGGACACUCUUUAUGAUGGAAAGUUGGGAAACUGGUUGGCCAUCCGCACCACCAGUGACAACCAGCUGCUGGAGAAAGGAAUCAUUCCCAACAAGAGCAGAGCUGACCAAAUGGCCAACGUUCAGAACGCCGCCCGAGCAGCGGCUGGAAACGACAGAGGAGAUUUCUGGAGGCUGAGGGGUCAACGGGCGGCUAAGAAGAAGGACAUGAGGAAGAGCAGAGAAGAUCUGAGCGCUGUUCCUCUCACCACCAAGUUCCCAGCUUAUGAGAGAGUGGUUUUACGAGAAGCUGGAUUCAAACGACCCAUUGUUAUCUUUGGACCCAUUUCUGACGCUGUGAAUGAAAAACUGGCCAACGAUCUGCCACACCUGUUUGUCAUCGCCAAGACGGAGCCUAAAGAUGCGGGCACUGAAAAAUCCUCUGGAGUUGUUCGACUCAACACCAUCAGACAAAUCAUCGAACAGGACCUCCACGCUCUCCUGGAUGUGACCCCCAAAGCUGUGGACACCCUGAACUACACUCAGUGGUAUCCAAUCGUCAUCUUCCUUAACCCUGACAGCAAACAGGGAGUUAAAACCAUGAGGAACCGCAUUAUACCAGGAUCCAGUCGCAGCGCGCGCAAACUGUACGAACAGGCCGUCAAGUUGAAGAAAACCUGCUCACAUCUUUUCACCGCAACUAUCGACCUGAACUCUGCCAACGACAGCUGGUACGGCAGUGUGAAAGACAGCAUUCAGGAGCAGCAGGAACGAGCAGUGUGGGUCUGUGAGGGAAAACUGGAUGGUUCAGAUGAGGACCUGGACCUCCACGAUGACCGCAUGUCCUACCUGUCGGCCAUGAGCGCAGACUACCUUAGCAUGGACAGCCGCCUGACCAGUGACUAUGACGACACAGCAGACGAGGGGGGGACUUACACCGACAAUGAGCUCGACGAGCCACUGGACGAACCUCAGCCGAAGUCGGCCAUCAGUCGGUCGUCAGAGCCAGUGCUGCCAGAUGAGGUCAGAUUACAGAGGCCUGAACCUCGUAGGAGGAGGUCAGGGAGCAAAGAAGUUCUGAAUAGAGAUCCCAGUCCUCCCCCCUCUUUUAUCCCUGAGCCCCCAAAGGUGCGGGCUCAGACUCGGACCGACUCCACUCGGAGCUCCAGCAGCACCGUCAGCACUGACAUGGUCGGCAUCAACAAACCACUCCCCCCUCCUCCUGUGGCUGUGAAACCCACCUUCAACCGUGUGAACCUGCCCUCUGAGGAGAAGAGUGUAAAACAAGGGGGGGAGGAGGAUGAUCCUGCCAACAAGUCCUUCCUGGGAAAGAUUAAAGCUUUUGAGAAGAUGGACCACUUGGCUCGAGCUCAGAGGGUACUGGAGUUGCAGGAGGCAGAGAACGCUCGGUUGGAAAUUGCACAGAAACAUCCAGACAUCUAUGCCGUCCCAAUGAAGCUGCCCAAACCAAACCUGAACCGCCCUCAGCCCAUUGGGUCCAGUUCUAGUGCUGAGCCUCAGGUUCCGCCCACCAGACCAUACUCAUACAUGGAGACCAGAGGACAGGAAGACAGAGGACAGCAGGGAGACCAGAACAAGAGAGGCUACUACAAUCCACAGAAGUACAACGAUACUGAGCUAUAGACCAGGGUGUUCACAGGAAGUGACAUGGUCAGCCGUAGCCGUAACGCUCAGUUACAUCUCCUCAGUGUGCUUGCUGGGAACUCUGUGGACUCUCGGUUGUUGCAGCACACAUUGUACUUUAUGUAAACACACAUAUCAGCUGUAAGUAGUUUUAUAGAAAGUUUUCUAUCCUUUUUUUUUUUUUUUUACCGAACAGCUUCUUUUGUCUUGUUAUAUCCAGGCCACCAGGCAAAUGGUGUCGUUUUUUUGGAAAUUUUUCACAAAAAAAUACUUAAAAGAAAAUAAAUAACUACUCUUUACCUCAGCUAAAAAGUCAGUUUCCAGUCCAAUCAGCUGAAUGUCAUGUUUUGUUUAAAACAAAUAGAAUUAUCACAUGAUCACGUUCGUUUUAAGGUAGAAUUCACUUUUUAUCAACAGAGAAUUGUUAACACAUUAUCCCAUAGAUAAAUU